AUGGUGCCCAACAAGGAGGGAAUCAGCUUGACAAGGGAAGAAGCCUCGACGCGGUGUGCCACGGGCCCGAGCCUGGAGCGGUCGACGGGGAACCCGGAGCGGGAGGUGGAGACGACGCGCACCGUCAAGGGCGCCUUCUCCGGCGCCACCAAGCUCGGCGGCGACCCGAGGGGCGUGUUGUGCGGCAACCCGAGGGUGAAGGCGAAGAUGCGCUUGUCGUCGCGGGGACGGAGCCGGAGCUGGCGGUGGGAGCAGGAGGCGGAAGGCAGCGUCGGCCUGUUCGGGGGCGUGCUGUGCGACCCGGCCACCGGGACGGAGGUGUUGUUGUGGCGCCCGGGCAGCAGAGAGGCCGACCCGCGCAUCGGCAUGAGGCGCCGGUACAGGGGCCUCGGGCGAGCGUUCAGCAAGAUGCGGGGGCUGGUGGUGGCCGGCGACGAGCAAGACGGAGAAAUAACUUGCGUUCACCAAGGCUUCCGGGGCGUUCUGAAGCAGCAGCUCCAGGUCUUCAACAGCGUCAUGAUCAACAAGAAACCCCAAGGAUAUUCAUGGAAUGAGGCGGGUGCCGAGUUGAUUGUUGAUCCCAUCGGUGUUUUCACUGACAAGGACAUGGCUGCAACUUGUAUUAGGAAAUGUAUUAUUCGACAAAAAGGCAACAAUUCCUUAUCGACUAGGGAUAUAGUUUCAAGGUUUAUUCUCAAGAAUUUCUCUAGAUAUUCGGAAUCUUUUUGUCACUUCGGGUUUAGUGAUAAAUAUAUAUGUUUCCAGGUCAUCACUAGCUUGCCGCCACCUGAAGAAGGACCUAACCUGAGUUUUCACACACUCGAUGAACAGCUUGACCUUUUAGGCAAAGUGUUGAGCACAGGGGAUGAGAUGAUUGGUGUUGAGCACUUGGAAGAGGAUUCUGAUGGCAAGGCUCUCCUGAAGGCACGGUGCUCUGCUGGAUUAAUGAGCGCAUUUUCUGGAGCAGGUGGAAUGGUCUACAUGGAGUACAACAAGGGCAAGGGAGCCAAGAAGAAGGACCCAGCUAAGAGGCAUACACUGUUCAAGAAACGCUACACUUAGGGGUUCUGUUGUAUGGCAUUUGCAAGGAAGCCAGGAACCUAUAGCGCGGGAUUGGCUUUGCUGGAACAUGGUAUGGUUAAAGGGGCUCUACUUAUUGGACAUAAUGCAUGUCUCACUGUUAGCGCAUCAGCCAAAUUUCGCGCUAAUUGCUUGUCAUUAGAGAAUUCUACUGGGAAGUUUCCUCCAGAUUCUUGUGGUGUGCAUCUUUUCAUUAUCUCCAGUUCCGUAUCAGAAGGGUCAAUUUUGGAGCUUAUGAGAGGGAGGGUCAAUUUUGGAGCU